CUCGGCGUGAGGGAGGCGCGCGAGGCGGCUGGCAGGCGGCCGGUGCUGAGGGGGCCCGGCGGAGGAGCAGGCCCGCGGCGACGGGAUGUUCAAGAACACGUUCCAGAGCGGCUUCCUGUCCAUCCUCUACAGCAUCGGGAGCAAGCCGCUGCAGAUCUGGGACAAGAAGGUGCGGAAUGGCCACAUCAAGCGCAUCACCGACAAUGACAUCCAGUCACUGGUGCUGGAGAUCGAGGGCACCAACGUCAGCACCACGUACAUCACGUGUCCCGCUGACCCAAAGAAGACGCUGGGGAUCAAGUUGCCGUUUCUGGUGAUGAUCAUCAAAAACCUGAAGAAGUACUUUACUUUCGAAGUGCAGGUACUGGAUGAUAAAAAUGUGCGCCGACGGUUCCGUGCCAGUAACUACCAAAGCACCACCCGGGUCAAGCCUUUCAUCUGCACCAUGCCCAUGCGCCUGGAUGAUGGCUGGAACCAGAUCCAGUUCAACCUGUCGGACUUCACUCGCCGGGCCUAUGGCACCAACUACAUUGAGACCCUGAGAGUCCAGAUCCAUGCAAACUGUCGCAUCCGCAGGAUUUACUUCUCUGACAGACUUUACUCUGAGGACGAGCUUCCUGCUGAGUUCAAACUUUACAUUCCUGUCCAGAACAAGGCAAAGCAAUGAUGGCGUGAUGGGGAGCCUCCGGCAGAAACAAUGUGAAGAUGCUGAUGGAAGAGUAUUUUUUUAAAAUUAGAAACAAAAUGUAGGUGUGGAUUUCCUUGAGUAACUAUAUUUAAUAACAGUUGAUAUCUGUGAUGCUGGGACCAAACAAAACAAAAUAUAUCAUUGUUCCGUGUGAGAGAUGGAUCGGGCUCCACUUUGAAGUUGUGGAUCACUCCUAGGGAGACCAUGAAUCGUGGAACUGAUUUGCCUAGCAAGUGGAGGCUUUUGUUGAAGCAGUUCUGAAACCCUGGUGCCCUCACAGAUGCCAGUGGUUUCCUUCUUUGCUCUGUCUCUGUGUUUGCCCCAAGUGCGUGUGAGCUACUCUUGUCCUGAAAGCUGCUAUUAAAUAUUUGAUUUCCUUUGUAAGGC